AUGAAGCAAUCAAUCCUCUACCUCGGCCUUGUUAGCGCCGUCGCUGCUCGCCCGGCCGUCAACAGGUACAACUUCAACAAGCGUGAAGUCCCUCAGGAGCAAGCCCAUAGGAACGUCAACCUCGAGGUCGCCACUGUGCUGCAGUUGAACAACCCGGACGAAAUCGUGGACCCGGUCUUCGGUCUGCUCGGUGCCGCCGCAGCUGCUGAGGGUGCCGGCAACAUUGCUGAUGCCGACUGCCUUCAGCUAGCCACUGCCGACCAGGCAUUCAGUAACGCCAAGGAGGCUGGCGACAUCAACGGCAUGACCUUCGCCCUCAUCUACCGCGCUCUUGAGCGCAACACGGGCUCAGUCGGUCUGGCCUCCGUGCCAUGCGAGUCCAUCCAAGCCGUCAACCCCGAGAUUGCGGCCCUCCAGCAGCACCAGGACCCAGCGUCGGAUGGCGCCGAGGAGCUCAACAAACAAAUCGCUGCCAUCCUCGCCCAGCAGAUUGCCGCUAUCGGUGGUGACCCGACCCUUGCCAACGAGGCUAGUACCUUCGCUCCUGGCGAGAUCGGUGACCCCACGGGCGCGGGUAACACCUGCGAUGACGAGGCCGACGACGCAGGGUGCAUCAACACCCUUGGUCUCCGCGUUGACGAUCUCUCUGAGGACGAGAUCCUCGCCGCCGUCUCGGAUGGUGGUGCUGAUGCCGGUGUCGCUGCUGGAAACGCAUCCGUUGCCGCGGGUGCAGAUGCCGCCAAUGCUUCCAAUGCCGACGCUGGCGACGCUGCGGAUGCUGAGGAUGACUCGGCUGCUGAUGCUGGAAACGCUGCGGAUGCUGAGGAUGACUCGGUUGCUGAUGCUGAAAACGCCGCGGAUGCCGGAAACGCUGGCGCCGCUGUCGGGGGUGCCGUUUCGUUCGGCGCCUGCAACCCAGCCAUCAACUUCGGCAUCCCAUCUGACGGACGCAACGAGGAUGCUUUCGAGCCCGCUGACCUCGCCGAUUUCAACCACGGAUCUGCCUUGAACAUCAACGUGAUCUCCCAGUUCAUCUGCUCCCAGCUGGGCAACAACUGCGACGUCGACGAUGCCGCUCUUGACCUUUGCGACCAGGCCGCGGCUGCCGCUGACGGUCUGGCGGCCCAGGCUGCUGCCGAUGCGUUCAACCAAGUUCUCGGUGUGUAA